UCUCAGCUAUAAUGAAAGUGCAAUCAUUCUCCUUUUCUGGGUAAUCCACAAACCCAGGUUUUACAGUAUUUUGUGUCAUCGUGGGUGUGAAAUGAUACUGCUUGUACAGUUACAGUGUGACAGUGAUGUCAGAUUCUAAUAAUUUAGCCUUGUGCUCUCCUGUCUCGCUCUCUUUUCUUUAAGUUUGUGCCAUAACGAACACCUACGUCAUCUUGUGCUAUCAUGUGUCAACACCAUACACGAUUUGUGGUCAACGCGGAUUUUAUUUUGAAACCAGACACCGGAAGUUGUACACUAAUGUUCUGUUGUAAUUGACACUUUGGAUGAUUUUCAACGGCUGUCCAUACAGGUGCGCCCAGACAUUUGUGCGUAAUUUGCGGGCAGCGAGAAUUGCGUGUUUCACGCGUGUGAAAGCAUAAUGUUUGGCGUUAACGGAGAACAAUGCGCGGAAUGGCAUGCGUUCACUUGAACAGAGCGGACCAACAAGCUGGUGGUGUCUGUAGCAGAUUCAAGGGAAUAAAACGACGGCUUGGUUUUCUGCAAUAACACAGGAUUACCGGAGCUGCUGGAGGUGGGUUUGGAGGAAGGUUUCAGUUUUAAAGACAAGGGGGAAGUCACAGACACAGAUGUGAAAAGGCAGGUGCGUUUCACCUCGUAUUUUUUUUUUUUCUUUUGCAAUCUGAUUUUCGGCCGGAGCCUGUGAAAUGCAGCUUCUACCUGACAGAUGUGUGGCACCACAACUGCAACCUACAGAUAGUGUCUCCUGUCUGCCUGCUGCUGAUCUGCUGUGGUCGGCUGUGGAACACUGAGACUGCUACAGCUGCAAAUCUCAUCAUUAUCAUCAACAUCUGCCACUUCAAACACGACAAGACACGAGGACAGAGGCUGCUUUUUUUGGCUGAUCAAAACGCCAGCAGUCAGAAAAGUACCUGUAGAUGAUGACUCCAGCAGAGCCUCUCACUUGAAAGCAGCAUGAGCUAAUUGGGGACUACCAAACUAAUUGCUGAUUCGAGCUUUUUUCUGUCCAGGGCUGAUGAAAAUGUUCCAGUGUGUCAGUUGACUGACAGGGUCGCAGUGGUGUUCUAGCCUGGGACAUAGCCAGCAGCUGAAGUGCAGACACCACGGAGGAGAUGGCUCGUCCGGGAUCAGGGUUGCUGGUGCCCGUCAAUGGGCUGGGGUAUCCGCCUCAGAACCUGGCCAGGGUGGUGGUCUGGGAGUGGUUGAACGAACACGGGCGCUGGAGGCCCUACAGUGCAGCGGUUUGCCACCAUAUUGAGAACGUACUGAAGGGGGAUGCCCGAGGUACUGUUGUUCUGGGGCAGGUGGAUGCCCAGCUCUCUCCUUACAUCAUCGACCUGCAGUCCAUGCACCAGUUUCGACAAGACACAGGCACUAUGAGACCAGUGCAGAGAAACUUCUACGAGCCCUCGUCUGCCCCGGGGAAAGGCGUGGUGUGGGAGUGGGAGAAUGACAACGGUUCGUGGACGCCCUAUGACAUGGAGAUCUGUGUGACCAUCCAGAAUGCCUACGAGAAGCAGCACCCCUGGCUGGACCUGACCUCUCUGGGCUUCUGCUACCUCAUCGACUUCAACAGCAUGUCUCAGACCAACAGGCAGAGCCAGCGUAAGCGACGCCUGCGGAGACGCAUGGACCUGGCCUACCCGCUCAUCAUGGGCUCCAUCCCCAAGUCGCAGUCCUGGCCUGUGGGAGCCAGCUCUGGCCAGCCCUGCUCCUGCCAGCAGUGCAUCCUGGUCAACAGCACGAGAGCCGCCUCCAACGCUAUCCUGGCCUCUCAGCGGCGUAAGCUCUACGGAGGAACGGCGGGCAACACGGGUGCUGCAGGAACCCUCACUGUAGUGCGGCAGAGUAACACCUUCGCUGGGACCUCCCUCUGGUCUCCGACAUCCGCCUCCUCCGGCACCAACAACAAUAACAUAAGUGUGGGAGGUGGGCAAGCCAAAGCUGAACAGGUGCAGUUGCCUCUGUCCACUGCCAACUUCCCCUGUUCCCCCGUGAUGCCAUCUCUUUCAUCCGCCCAUGGCCACCAUGCUCUCACCAUCAACGGACAGAACAACCUGAACCGGCCGGGCACACAGCGCAUUUCCAUGGGCACUGCCAGAGGAGCCAUCCCACCAGGCGUUCCUGCCCUUCCAGUAAAGAACCUGACAGGAUCUGGACCAGUGCACCCAGCACUAGCAGGUCUGCCGGUUUGCCUGACUCGGGCCCCCAAGCCUAUACUGCACCCACCACCCAUCAACAAGAGUGACAUGAAGCCUGUGCCAGGAAUCAACGGCAUGCGCCGCAAAACCAAGAAAAAGCACCUGAAGAGAGGGAAAAACCCAGAGGAUGUAGUGCGAAGAUACACAGAGAGGAUUAAAGUGGUGCCAGACGAGGACUGUACCAUCUGCAUGGAGAGGCUGGUCAUGUCAUCGGGCUAUGAAGGCGUCCUGCAGCACAAAGGCAUCAAGCCAGAGUUGGUGGGCAAACUUGGCAAGUGCGGGCACAUGUACCAUCUGCUGUGCCUGGUGGCCAUGUACAACAAUGGCAAUAAGGAUGGCAGUCUUCAGUGCCCAACAUGCAAAACCAUUUAUGGGGAAAAAACGGGCACCCAGCCUCCUGGGAAGAUGGAGUACCACGUCAUCCCCCACUGCCUGCCCGGCUACCCAGACUCCAAAACCAUCCGCAUCGUCUAUGACAUUCCUGCCGGGAUCCAGACCAAUGAGCACCCCAACCCCGGGAAGAAGUUCAGUGCGAGAGGGUUCCCUCGACACUGCUACCUCCCCGACAAUGAGAAAGGCAGGAAGGUCCUGAAGCUGCUGAUCAUGGCCUGGGACCGACGCCUCAUCUUCACCAUCGGCACGUCCAGCACCACGGGCGAGUCAGACACGGUGGUGUGGAACGAGAUUCACCACAAGACAGAAUUCGGCUCGAACCUGACCGGCCACGGCUACCCCGACCCCAACUACCUUGACAACGUCCUGACAGAGCUGUCGGCCCAGGGGGUCGGUGAGGACAACCUGAAGGACUGAUGACCAGCUGAGCUGGUAACACAGGAACACAACCCACCAUGCCCCGCCAUCUCCCAGAGAACAGGGACACUGCAUGAUGGGCCAACAUGCAGCCAACAACUCUUUACUCCCCACAAACAAAAAUACCCGGCAGAAGUGGUGGCAGGAGAACGACGGAAGCAGAAUAAAUGACGUGGUUAUGAUCAAUGUUUUGAUUUGUAUAAGCUAAGAUUUCCCUCAUGCUGUCUCUUGAUCCAUGCCUUGAGCAUGUUGCAUUCAUGCCAAAUUUUCUCAGAGGUUUGAGGAAUGUAGAAAGGUGAGACUUCUGUCUUGAUGUUGGUAGCUGCAGGUAAGUGGUAUUUAUCCCCUUUUAGAUUCAAACUAAAGCUGUUUCUCUGCACUUGGAGUAAAAUGACGAGGGGCCCAAACUAUACAAAGGCAUAUUUGUAAAUGCUGAACUCCAGAAUGCAUGGCCCAGACUAACGCUGCAUAAUGAAUGUUGAGCGAAUAUCUUCGACAGGGUGAGGUGUCAGUGGAUCAGUUGUUGCUUGAUAUUGUGACGAUACAUUUAAGAGAAUUUCAGCUUUACAAAAAUUGAUUAUUCGCGUCCUCUUUUUACUCUAAUUAUUAAUUAUUGUCCUGUAACAAGUGGUUCCACUUGUUUUUGAAGGAGAGGAUCUUGACUAUGUUGAUGUCAUUUAAGGUUGCACUGGGCAUAUCUGACAUUUUCCAGUUCUGGCACCACAGAUCAGUUGUUCUGUGAAACGGAGGUGUGUUAUGUAGUGCAUGAAGUGGAUUCCAGAGAGAUAAAGGCUAUGAAAUAUUAGUGUUUGGUAAUAAAUGUAUGUCGUGUGGUUAACCUUGUGGGCUGUCUAUGGGAGGAGACAUGAAAUAGAUGAAACAAGCAUCUCACCAGUCAGUUUGAUGCUUGUUACAAUGUGUUGUAUCUCCAAAGGCUGAGGGGUUUGCUAUGCUCCUAGGUCAAACUCAUUUGUUUUGUUGACACACUGAUGAUGCUGACCUCUAUGAAUAUAAAGCCCGCAUUAUUAUUCCCCCUGUUGGAGCAAACCCAAGCGGCGGCACAAUCCAUUAUGCUGACCGUACAUACACGAAGGGUGAGUGUGUAUGUUUUUGCGCUCUGAGGCAUUAAUACGCCAGCCUCAAGUCCUUAAGGAGAAAAGCUGAACACACUUCUCACAGAUGGACGUUCUCCUCUUAAACACCAACAGUUUUCCCCUUUGAGAUCUAUCUCGGGCAGCACUAAUGCUCGCCUGCAAUCUGCAAGUCUCUUGUGAGCUUGUUUUGCUGCGAGACAGUGCACUGGGCUCUACUGCUUGUAUGGUGAGCAGUGAAACAUCUCAUUUCUUGCGUGAGCUCACUCUGAGGUGUUUGGGCCGAUCCUGAUGUAUUGCCUGGCCUCAGCUCUCCUCCUCAGCAGCAGAGCACUUCAUUCUAGGAACCAUGCAAAUAUCGGUCUAGUAUGUAGUUGGCUGCGCCCCCCCCCAGAUUUUAUGCCCAUGAGCAAAAGACUUUUUGAAAGUCCUUGGUGGAGAUCGUGUGAUGUUUCUUUACUCUGUGAUAAAAGAUAAGCCAGUGCUGCAUAAUUCUCCAUAAAUAUAUCUGAUCAAUUUUAAUGAACGGGGGUGUUGAUGUAAGGUUUAUCAUGUGGGCACCCAGCUGUGGGCUUAAUUUUGGACUGAAUCAUAGUCUUCCAUAGCACUUUGAGGCAACAGUUUUGUUUAAUCAGUUGUUUAAUUUUUAGGAAAAUGUCUUAAAUUGCAACUAAAUCUGUCUUUUUUAAGUUGAUGUUUAUAAACUGGCUUGCAAUGCUUUGAAAAAAUAUAUAAUACUAUACAUUUGCAGAUGUGAUAUACCUUUAAAUUCAAGCUCAUUUUGAGUCAAUGGUGUAAGUUUAAUUUAUUUUUAUACUCUUCUAUAUAGAAAAUAUAAAGACUGGCCCACAUAUCUACACACAGGCACAUAUUAACAUGAAUACAUAAAAUCUGGCAAACUUUGCCAGGAUGUCAGGGACUGUUGAAAUAUGUAUGACAUGUUAUGGACGUCUUAUAUUACAAGUAGUCUUAGCGUAUGCUGCUGUUGUUACCUUAAUGUAGAAUCUGUGUAGUUGGUCCCCUGUGGGACUCCAAUAAAUACAGUAAAUGUGUCUGUAUUAUUGGUGGGGGAGCUUUAGCAGCAUGAAGAUGCCCCCCACCUCCCACCCCCCUCCCCAAAUGGGCCAUUUGUCUUUUUCUACUUGUCCAAAACAUGGGAAUGGAUGCAGUCGGCAAUUUUUUGUUCAGUCUGAAGAUUAAAACAACCUGGGUUAAAUAUCAGCUGCAAAUAUUCACUGGGUUUGUUUUAGUCAACUGAAGCAACCGAUUGGUGGGAAAUCAGUCAGUCAGUCAACCAGAUAUAAGUGCACCAAAUACAUUUUAUUCAAAAGCCCUGAAAAACUAUUUUUGCUAUGUCUUUAUUGGCUUACUAGGUCUUUCAUCAACACACAAAACAAUUUUCUCCAACUGUUUUGGCUAUUUUACAUGAUAUUCUUUGUGUGUUUUUGUCCUUGCUUUUCUUAUCAUGUGUUCAGAUAUAGACUGAACCAGAUUUUUGCCCCUCACUUAAGUUAUUCGCAUAAAUUCCACCGCUGGACGGUUAGCGCACUUCAUGUUGAUUCACCUCAAAAAGCUAGGUAGCUAGGUACUUAGCUAGGUAGAUAGCAAAGUAUGCUACCUACCCCUAACUCCAAAGGAAUGACAAUGUUGCUUCAUAACCUCUAAAUGUGUUAAGAAGCAGCUGUUUGAUUACAGGUCCACCAGAUCAGUUUAAAAGUUGAUGAUAUGUCAAUGUUGUGUUCAAAACAUGUUUCCACUGCACCCGUGGCCAAAAACAUGAGUCAUCGCAGGAUAAAGUAUUAAAGUUUUUUGUGGUUUUAGACUACUUGGCUGUUUUUUUUCUAUUUCAAAUUCCAACUCACUGGCUACACAAGCCAAAACUAACUAAACAAACUACUAAAAGUAUUUGUAAGUGUGAUUUUGACCCAGGGUUUGAAAACAGUCACUGUUUUGGCCUGUUCCAUUUCAAGUUUUCUCCUUUGCACCUUUUUUGACGCCCUUUAUAAAAUGGGACAGCAAGAGAGAAUGCUUCCAAUCUAUCAGGGAAUUUUUUUCCAUGUCGACUGAAGUUUCAUUAACUCGAGAAAUUCAAAUGUUUGCUUCUUCGACUUUUCCUUUUCCAUGUGUCGGUCUCGUAGUAUGAACGAUGCAGGCCCUUUAGACUUUUCAGGUGUGUACAGACUUCUAUGGGAAUGAUGAAAAACGGUUUUGGUAUUUGUCUGAUUAAGGAGAAGAGAGAGAUGGCGUUUAUGCAAUUUACUAUUUUUAAGAUCUAAUACAUGAUUUAUGUGUAGCAAGGAGGCUGGUUUAAAUCACAGCGGAUGUUUUCUUUAAAGGGGUGCCUACCUCCCGGUUUAUAAACAAAUGGGGUUGAAAUCUGAGGAUGUUCACAUACUAUGUAUUAGAAAACAUAUAUUUUUUGAUGUCUUUUUUUGAAUGAUGAUUGUCUCUAAAAGAACUAUUACAUAACAUUGCUGUAUUACUCUUGUUAAAAUCCAUUCCAUACUAUUUUCCUUUUGAUUAGAAGUGAGAUAAGGGGUGAAGUCACUUUGUCCUAACAUACAAAGUAUUUACAGUUGUACUCUCUUGUAGUGUCCACUGCAAACUGUACUUCUCUCUCUCUCUAAAUGAUACCUUAACAUUUUGUGUGGAUAUACUGUGUGUUUGUACCUGUUUGUCCAUGCGAGUGUGUGUGAAUGUGUGCCAGGUGUGCGUCUCGUAGACGAAGCUUAGGUUCAUGUCCUUUAAAGAUACAGUAAUGUUCUCCUAGAGGUGCAUGUUAACCAAACUGUGAGCAAGUUUAUUGACAAAUGCAUAGCUUUCUUUGCGUAUGAAAACAUCAUAGCUUCUUUAGAAACGUCACCCAGGUCUUCUGGUGAUUUAGCACUGUGUUUUAGCAUCUUAACUCCAGUUAGUUAGAAAGGUUUUUAUUCCUCGAUCAGAUUUGAUUUCUAAAGAUGAGGAUGAGACAGCGUUUGGCUGCUCUCCUCACUCUUUCAACAUGUGAAACAUCUGAAUGUUUUACAUUUUAAGUGCCCAUUUUAAUUGACGUUUUCAAAUCAUGAUUUUUGUGGUUUGAUUUCUCUUAAGCAGUGUCUACAUAUUGCUAUUUAAAAUGGUUCACAAGGAGAAACUGAGAUAAACUAAAAGCAAGAUAUAGAGAGACAUUGAUUAAACUAUAAAGGGCUUCUUAAUCUAUCGGUCUUUAUUGAAUUGUGAUGACCUUGUUGCAUGUUUGUGUGUUUCUUGUGGAAAAAUAAAUGUGCCCUCGACAGGGUUAGUUUGUUUGA